CCCAACUUCGCCGUAGUCUGCUCUUUCUUGGAGCGCUACGGGCCGCUGCUCGACCUGCCUGAGUUACCGUUCCCUGAGCUGGAGCGGGUGCUGCAGGCGCCGCCGCCGGACGUCGGCAACGGGGAAGUACCAAAAGAAUUAGUGGAACUCCAUUUGAAGUUGAUGAGGAAGAUUGGCAAAUCUGUUACAGCAGAUAGAUGGGAAAAAUAUUUAAUCAAGAUAUGCCAAGAGUUUAAUAGCACCUGGGCAUGGGAGAUGGAGAAGAAGGGCUAUCUUGAAAUGAGUGUUGAAUGCAAACUAGCACUCUUAAAGUACCUCUGUGAGUGUCAGUUUGAUGACAAUCUCAAGUUCAAGAAUAUUAUCAAUGAGGAGGAUGCCGAUACCAUGCGUCUCCAGCCAAUUGGCCGAGACAAAGAUGGCCUAAUGUACUGGUACCAGUUGGAUCAAGAUCAUAAUGUCAGAAUGUACAUAGAAGAACAAGAUGAUCAAGAUGGGUCUUCAUGGAAAUGCAUUGUCAGAAAUCGAAAUGAGUUGGCUGAGACUCUUGCACUCCUGAAAGCACAAAUCGAUCCUGUACUAUUGAAAAGCUCUAGCCAACAAGACAACUCUUCCCGGGAAAGUCCUAGCUUAGAGGAUGAAGAAACUAAAAAGGAGGGAGAAACACCUAAACAAGAGGGACAGAAGGAAAAUGAAAAGAUGAAAAAUGAAGAACAGCCCAUAAAUUCAGGAAAUCAUUUUAUGCCCAAUGCACCGGAAGAAGCUUCUGUGAAGAUAGAAAAAGAUGAUGAAAAGGAACUUGUGAAACUUCCAGUCAUAGUGAAGCUAGAAAAACCUUUGGCAGAAAAUGAGGAAAGAAAGAUUAUCAAAGAAGAAAGUGAUUCUUUCAAGGAAAAUGUCAAACCUACUAGAGUUGAAGUGAAGGAACAUAGAGCCGAACCUAGAGAUAUGAAAAGUAGCUUAGAGAAACUGGAGCCAGAGAGACUAGAGUUCGGUGGCAAUGUUAAAUCUCAAGAAAUUACUGAAAAGUCUACUGAAGAAACCGAGAAACUUAAAAAUGACCAACAGGCCAAGAUACCACUAAAAAAACGAGAAAUUAAACUGAGUGACGAUUUUGACAGUCCAGUCAAAGGACCCUUAUGUAAAUCAGUUACUCCAACAAAAGAGUUUUUGAAAGAUGACAUAAAGCAAGAGGAAGAGACUUGUAAAAGGAUUUGUACAAUCACUUCUUUGGGUCAUGAAGGGAAACAACUAGUAAAUGGAGAAGUUAGUGAUGAAAAAAUACUGCCAACUUUUAAGACAGAACAAAUAGAGACAAAGUUUUAUGAUACAAAGGAAGAUAGUGAUAGCCCCUGUAAGGACAAAAAUGUCAUUGUGGAGGGAAAUGGAACAGAAUCCUUAAAUUCUGUUAUAACGAGUAUAAAAAUGGGUGAUCUGGAGAAACAAGUGAUCCCUAGAGGGAAAACUACAGAUAACUCAAUAUCAGUAUUAGAGCCCCACUGUCUAAAAGGGCAAGUAGAGGAACCUGGUCAUCCAGAAAUGGAUACUUCUCAUGAGAUCUCUGAGAUUGCGGAGGAUCUCUCUUUAAAAGCUGCUUUAUCUACCACUGAAUCCUGUACUUUGAACAUUGAAGAGAAGUCUCCCAAAAGUAAAAAAGAUAAACGUCCACCAGUCAUAGAAUGUCUUGAAAAAUUGGAGAAGUCCAAAAAGACAUUUCUUGAUCAAGACACACAACGAUUGAGUCCAAUACCAGAGGAGGUUCCAAAAAGUACUCAAGAAUCAGAAAAGCCAGGCUCUCCUGCAGCAGUUGAAACUUCUUCACCAUCUAAUGUGACUGGCUUUUGCAAGAAACUAGCCUCUGAAAAAGAAAUGGUAGAGUGUCAGAGUACAAGUCCCAUUGAUGGUCUGGAAAAAGGAGACCCAGAAAUGUUAAAAGAAGAUUCUGAGCCUACAAAAGUAGAAAUGGAUAAUCUGGACAAUGUCCAGACCUCUGGCACCGAAGAUCCUUCUGAGACAAAGAGUCCUAUGCAAAAAAGCAAACUUAAAUACAAGUUGGUUCCUGAGGAAGAAACCAGUGCCUCAGAAAACACAGAGAUAACUUCUGAAAGGCAGAAAGAAGGCAUCAAACUGACAAUUAGGAUAUCCAGUCGGAAGAAGAAGCCAGAUUCUCCUCCAAAAAUUCCAGAAACAGAAACUAAGCAAGAGAAAACAGAAAAGGAAGAAGAGAAAGUAAAUGUAGGCCGUACUUUAAGGAGGUCUCCGAGAAUUUCUAGACCCACAGCAAAAGUGGCUGAGACUAGAGAUCAGAAAGCUGAUAAAAAGAAAGGAGAAGAAGAGGAAGUGGAUGAAGAGUCAGCAGCUUUGCAAAAAACAGAUAAAAAGGAAAAUUUGAAAAAGUCAGAGAAGGAUACAAACUCUAAAGUAAGCAAGGUAAAACCCAAAGGCAAAGUUCGAUGGACUGGUUCUCGAACACGGGGAAGGUGGAAAUAUUCCAGCAAUGAUGAAAGUGAAGGAUCUGACAGUGAAAAAUCAUCUGCAGCUUCAGAAGAGGAGGAAGAAAAGGAAAGUGAAGAAGCCAUUGCAGCAGAUGAUGAUGAACCAUGCAAAAAAUGUGGCCUUCCAAACCACCCUGAACUAAUUCUUCUGUGUGACUCUUGUGACAGCGGAUACCACACUGCCUGUCUUCGCCCUCCUCUGAUGAUCAUCCCUGACGGAGAAUGGUUCUGCCCCCCUUGCCAACAUAAACUGCUGUGUGAAAAGUUAGAGGAACAAUUGCAGGAUUUGGAUGUUGCCUUAAAGAAGAAGGAGCGUGCUGAACGCAGGAAAGAGCGCUUGGUGUAUGUGGGUAUCAGUAUUGAAAACAUCAUUCCUCCACAAGAGCCAGAUUUUUCUGAAGAUCAUGAAGAAAAGAAAAAAGAUUCCAAAAAAUCCAAAGCAAACUUACUUGAAAGGAGGUCAACAAGAACACGAAAAUGUAUAAGUUACAGAUUUGAUGAGUUUGAUGAAGCAAUUGAUGAAGCUAUAGAAGAUGAUAUCAAAGAAGCUGAUGGAGGAGGAGUUGGCAGAGGAAAAGAUAUCUCUACCAUCACGGGUCACCGUGGGAAAGACAUCUCUACUAUUUUGGAUGAAGAAAGAAAAGAAAAUAAACGGCCCCAAAGGGCAGCUGCUGCUCGCCGGAAGAAACGCCGGCGACUAAAUGACCUGGAUAGUGACAGCAACCUCGAUGAAGAAGAGAGUGAGGAUGAAUUCAAGAUCAGUGAUGGGUCUCAAGAUGAGUUUGUUGUAUCUGAUGAAAACCCAGAUGAAAGUGAAGAAGACCCACCUUCUAAUGAUGAUAGUGACACUGACUUCUGUGGCCGGAGACUGAGACGACAUCCCUCCCGGCCAAUGAGGCAAAGCAGGCGUUUGCGGAGAAAAACCCCCAAAAAAAAGUAUUCUGAUGAUGAUGAAGAGGAAGAGUCUGAAGAGAAUAGUAGAGACUCUGAAAGUGAUUUUAGUGACGAUUUUAGUGAUGAUUUUGUAGAAACUCGGAGAAGACGAUCAAGAAGAAACCAGAAAAGACAAAUUAACUACAAAGAAGAUUCAGAAAGUGAUGGUUCCCAGAAGAGUUUACGACGUGGUAAAGAAAUCAGACGUGUUCAUAAGCGCAGGCUUUCUAGUUCAGAGAGUGAAGAGAGCUAUAUGUCCAAGAACUCUGAAGAUGAUGAGCUAGCUAAAGAAUCAAAACGGUCAGUUCGAAAGCGGGGUCGAAGCACAGAUGAAUAUUCAGAAGCUGAUGAGGAAGAGGAAGAGGAAGGCAAACCUUCCCGAAAACGGCUACAUCGGAUUGAGACGGACGAGGAGAGUUGUGACAAUGCUCAUGGAGAUGCAGACCAGCCUGCCUGUGACAGCCAGCCCAGGGUCCUGCCCUCAGAACAGGAGAGCACUAAGAAGUCCUAUCGGAUAGACAGUGAUGAGGAAGAAGACUUUGAAAAUGUAGGCAAGGUGGGGAGCCCAUUGGACUAUAGCUUAGUGGACUUACCUUCCACCAAUGGACAGAGUCCUGGCAAAGCCAUUGAGAACUUGAUUGGCAAGCCCACUGAGAAGCCUCAGACCCCCAAGGACAACAGCACAGCCAGUGCAAGCCUGGCCCCCAAUGGAACAAGUGGUGGGCAAGAGGCUGGAGCACCAGAAGAGGAGGAAGAUGAACUUUUGAGAGUGACUGACCUUGUUGAUUAUGUCUGUAACAGUGAACAGUUAUAAGACUUUUUUUCCAUUUUUGUGCUAAUUUAUUCCACGGUAGCUCUCACACCAGCGGGCCAGUUAUUAAAAGCUGUUUUAUUUUUCCUAGAAAACUCCACUACAGAAUGACUUUUUAGAAGAAAAAUUUCAACAAACCCUGAAGUCUUUCUGUGAAGUGACCAGUUUUGAACUUUGAAGAUAAAUAAUUGCUGUAAAUUCCUUUAGAUUUUCCUUUUUCAAGUUCAUGGUCCUUGGUAAUUUCAUUCAUGGAAAAAAAAAUCUUAUUAUAACAACAACAAAGAUUUGUAUAUUUUUGACUUUAUAUUUCCUGAGCUCUCCUGACUUUGUGAAAAGGGUCGAUAAGAAUGCAUUCCAAAUCCGUGAGGGCCCAAAACAGAACUAGGGGUGGGAGAAAGCACUUGUGCUUUAGCUUUUUCAUAUUAAAUAUAUAUUAUAUUUAAACAUUCAUGGCAUAGAUGAUUAACAGACUGUUUAAAAAUUCAAGUCUGUAUUGUUGCAGUUUGAGAAUUGUAGAUAACAUCAUACAUAAGUCGUGUAGUAAUAGAGUUCAUGAAAUCAACUUGUUUACUAUUGGAGAUAACCACACUUAAUAAAGAAGAGACCGAGAAAGUACUACCAGAAAACUCAAACCUAAGUUUCUGUUCUAGCGGAGUUUCUUGCUUAAAAAAAUCAUCUGAAAGCAUUUGUACAGUAAAUGUAUAAUGAAGCUUUGACAACCAGAUUGUGCUAGCAGCAAAUUUUUAAAAACAGCUUUAUGCAGUAGUGAUGUGGUGGCCUCAAAUAUACUAUCAUGGAGAGUUAUUAGUGAAAUGAGUGUGGUCUUUCUUAAGUCCCAGGGGGACUAAACUUUGCAGAUAAUGUAACUCUUUAUCUUCUGGCCACUAAAUAUUUAAGUAUCUAAAAUAUCAUUUUGAAAGAAAUGCAUCUAUACAACAUACAUGAAGAGAGAUGCUGAACUGACGACGAUAUUUUAGCACAUUUGAAGAAGGGGAAAGGAUUUUCAGGUGAAUUUUAACUGGUCUAUUCUUGCCCUUAGUAUCUACUUCAAAUUGAAGUCUACAAACAAAGCAGUUCCUUUGGGAGGUUUUUAGUUUUGAGUUUUAGCAUGUGUGUGUGUGUAAGUCUGUGUGCGCGCGCGCGUGUGUGUGGGUGUGUGUUGGAAUUUCCUAUCUGCCUGGAUAUAUUAGCAGGGUUUGAAUGUAGUUUUGGCCUUUGGCCAUUAGACUUCUAUUAAAAUUCAUUAAUAGUCAUAUGACCAACAUAGAGUUGAAUGAGAACCAAUAUACUUAGUAGGCAUGACAUUCAUUUCAAACAUCUCAACACUUUAAAAAGAAAGAUAUGCCCUUUAUUUCAAGAAAAGAAGUUUGUAACUAAAGAAAUACCUAACUCAUAAUUGACACUAAAAUAUGAACUUUGUCUUACUUAGUUUCUGUUACAGCUGUAAAAUUUCAGGCAGAGCCAUAAAUAACAUUGUACAAAGUGUAGCACUUGUGAUUAAACCUUGCCUGUCAAAUUCUGAAACCUUCAGCCAUUACUUCUGUGAAUAUGUUAGCCCUGGGAUUUGGGUUUUUCUGUUCUGUGUUGUGUCUGUUGCCGGCAAUGGACACAACCAUAUCUGCUGCUGGCCCAAGGAACUUCAUUUGUCUUUCUCUCCAAAUUAAGCAUCAUAUGUACUAGUCAGUGUAUAGUAAAGCACUUGUUUUUUACUACUAAAAAGCUGGCAUUAGAUUUGCAUUAUAAAUACCUCUCUAGAAAUUUUAUACUCCUUUUCCUUCUUCAACAGGUGUUGCCCUUAAAUCAUACCUUUUGGCCUUGAAAAUUUAUAGCUGUUGUUUUUCAGUUGUUGUUGGUUCUUUUGUUUUUUUGUUUGUUUGUUUGUUUGUUUGACUUUAGUUCUGUAGUACCUGCCCAUUAAUAUUUUUGCUUUGAUUCUAGCAAUGUAUAUGUAUCUGUAUAAAAAAUAAAAUAAUGAAAGCAGCCUAAAAAUAGGAUGCACCAAUAGCAUGUGGUUCCAAGCAAGUUGUGAUUUUUAUUUUGAGACACUUCCUCUGGAAGGGAGGGAAGGGUUUACAUUCACAGACAGUAGAUUAGGGCUGUGUAAGGAGCCACAUUUACCAACCAAAACUCCUUUCUGGGUAGGUUUGACUCAUUUAUUUGAAAGUUGGUUAAGAAUGUUAGUCUUUUUUAACUGUCGAAAAUAGGCAAACAAUAAAAGGAUGCCUGCUAUCGCAAGGUAAGUGGUUAGAAUGUGUAGUGGCCUGCCCUGCAGUGCAGUCUCCAUCCCAGCCUACCUGUUUAGUCUUGGAGCUGGGUAGAGCCACUUCGGGGUAGAAAUGCUCAUGAACCCUAUCUCACUCUCUGGAUGCGACACCUGUUCCUGCUUCCACAGAUUAGUUCUCAGCUGAGCACAUGAUAAGAAGUCUUAAGUAGGUAGAUUAUUUAUUUUAACAGGAUGCCUGUUGUGAAGUAAGGAAUUCUCUUUACUCUGCUAUAGAAAGCCAAAGGUAAUUUUUAUCAUAGUAAAGACUGAGUAUUCCAUUCGGCAAAUAUCCCAUUAACUGAGUUAUGAAACCAUUUUUGCUGCCUGAUCUUUACCAAACUUAAAUUUAUGUGUUUGUGAAUUUGAUAGUAAGUGUAGCCGUUUUAACCUUAUAUUGUGAUUAAAUCAGUUAACUGUGCUUCACUUACAAAGAGUGCAGUCCAAGCAGCUGAGACAUAGACAUUACACAAAGAGACCGAUUGUGAGUAGUUAAAUUUUAAGCAGUUCAAAAACGUCUGUUGCUUGGUGUUUAGAUUUGGUCCCUCAAAGACUCCCAAAUUUUCAAUUCACUGAAAAUGUGACUGAAUGUGCUUUGAAGUUAAAAAAUAAAUUAGGAAGGAGUAAAUGUUCUUUAUCCAAAGACAGUUCAGUCAUUAGCAACUAGACAAAGUAUAAGAAAGCAGUGAUUCAUCUGGAGUUUAGAGUAUCUUUGAACCUUGUUAUUAGAGUACAAACCAUGGGUUUAGGUUCACAGUAAUUAGUAUAUAAUAGAGUCCCUUAAUCCUUUCAACCCCUUUUUUUAAAUACCAAUAUCAAACCCCACGUUUAUAGCAGAUGUACUUUAGGGGAGAUGUAGAUUAGUUUCAGAAUAUUUAGUGUGCAAUUUCUGUAAAGAUCUGAAAACUAGCCCAGUUUUCAUAAAGCAGAAGCUUUGAAUUAAAGUGAAAUAUAUGUGAAAAGAACUCAGAAAAUAACAUUUUGGUUUUGUAGACUUGUGCUGAUGAAAUAGUGGUUAAGUGUAAGACAUUUUCCAUUGUUAGCACGUUACUGGAAAAUGAUGGCAGAGAUUUUUUUUGUUCAAGAGUAUAUCUGAUAUACUGAGGUGGUCUAACAUUUCCUUUUCCAGUUGGUCAAGAUUGCGGAUUCAGAGGUUAACGAGGAGUUUCAUGUAGAAUAAAUUCAUGUCUAUCAUUUGAAAAUGUGACCUGCCAAAGAACCAAGGGCUUUGAAUGUUAGAGAAUUUGUUGGAAGAAAAGAUUUUAAAACAUUCAUUUUAAAAGGAUAUUGCAGUUUCUGCUUUUCACUUUUUGGUUGAUAAAACUGAUCCCAUGCUACACCUUUGAGCAAAGUAUAUUAAGAAAAAUGUAGAUGUUUACUUGUAAUUUAGAGUGAAAAUGAUGGGGAGAUAUUAACUAUUUUUAAGUGGGAUUGAUAAAAUUUCCUUUGUCACAAGUAAUCCCUUUUUAUUUUGUGGGUGUAAGAGAUGGUAAUCAUUUACGAAAUCAAUCACACAACUGAAAAGAAAGCUGAUGAAUCUACAAGUUUAAUAUUCAGAAAAACUUAACUCCACCCUUCACAACAUACACAGUGGAACAAGUCUGAUUCGUGGCACUGCCUCACAGCUAUAGAACAAGUAUUAAAAACCGUUUUUUUAAAUGAAAUUAACAUAUUUAUAUAUGUAUGUAUGUAUGUAUGUAUAGGUAUGUGUGCAUACCUUAGAUACGAAAGUGAAUCCUUUGAAAUCAUUGAUAUAAAAGAUACAAGGCAAAUAAUUGUAACAGCUAGGAAAUUAUGAACAAUGAAUUACAGAAAAUCUAGAGAAAAAUACUGAAGUUCCUCUUCUUGGCUUGACAGUCUAAAAAGAUAUUCCUGCUUUUCCCAAAAAGCAGAAUGCCAAGACUGCAUAUCUGCUAUAAUCUACAUAGUCCUCUACCUACUAUCUAUUGCUAAACUUCCUUAGAAUAAAAUCCAUUCCUAGUUUAUCCACCAUUCCCAGUGUGUAUGUGUAAACAUAUCUACCUUGCAAGUGGCAAAGUAACUGCUGAUAUGCUUCACUGUUUCUGUACUAAUCCUGAAAGACAAGGCCCUUUGCUAUCAGUGUAUUUCAACUGGGUUAUUGUGUCCUGUGUACACUUCAAAUUUUAUUUUGAGGUGUUUCACUUCGAUAUUACUUAACAUUUUUUGAGUGCCAAGAAUUGCUAUGUAAACACUGCUCAGAGUCAUUCCCAAGCGAGCAAGCAAACAGUUGUAAAUGUAGUGUGUUUGGUAUAUAACCACUACAGACUAUGCGUAACUUUUUUUAAUUCACAUAAACUCUCUCAGAAACCAUCCCUCCCCACCCCAUUUAGUUAUGUUAGCUCGCCCUCUUUUUUUUUUUUCAUUUUAUAUUCAUACCAUUUCACUGUGGGAAAUGCUUCAAAUCUAAUCCUGGCACAUUGUAAUGAUUUCAAUUAAUGAAGAUUAUUUUAUUUUAGUAACUUUAAGAUAAUGUCUAUCCUAUGCAUAAAUUAUAUGAAAGGGCAUAACAAAUUAUUAGAUGAGUAGAAAUUUAUUAAGUUCUUCAGACAUUAUAAAUGAGAAAAAGCAUUUUUAAAGUAACCACAUUUGUGUUUUUUGCCAAACCGGUACAAGCUAGAAAAUGCACUAAGGACUGAGUCACCUGCCUUGUUCUUUUUGCCACUGGAUGAUGUAAGUUAAGAAUGGAAUUGUUAACUCUAUCUAUAUAUUUUCUUGACUUUCAUCAGUUUCUAAAAGAAAUCUAAUUUAAGUGUAUUUAUUGAGUUCUGGUCAUAGGUCAGGAACUGCAUGUCAUGCUUACGGACGUCCAGAACAGUCAUUGGGAAACUUAAUGACUUAAGACCUUCUGAAUCAUUUAACUUAUUUUGUAUGUUGCAAAAAAAUUUAUUUUGCUUGAGAGUCACAAUUUUUAUAACUGUACAGCUUUUAAGGGAUGGGAGGUGGAAAAAUACCCUAAAAUAGGAUGUAGAUUUUUACAAUUGUGUUUAUGCUAGAACAUCUACAGGUGCACUAUGUAAUUAAACCUAAAAAUGUCUAAAAAUCUGUGCCAUGGUCUUUUUCAUUCUCCUGCCCUUUAGCAGAGUUGGUGCAUGUCAAAAUUGUUAGAUGGACAAGCCUUGAAAUAAGGCUAACAACCCUUCUCUCCAAAGCUUUAAGAUCAUUGCAUGAAAGUUAUACACACACACACAUACACACAACAGAUGCAUACAUACACACUCAGAUCUAGUUUUUAUUAGUGUAAAUGGAUUUUCAACUUCAGCUUUAAUAACCCAAAGCUGGCAUUUAACAAGUAUAUUCUUAACCGUGUGUGAUUUUUGUGAUGACUGACUAGGAUAUUCUUAAUGUUGGUCUGGUGUUCUGUUCUUCUUAACCAAAGUAACUUCUUGAUAAUGAUAUCUGAAUUGUAGCUUGUCCAAACCUGCCAGGAAGUUUUGUAUACACCUUGAAAAUGAGUGCUCUGUCCUAAGAUGGGGGUGAAAAUGGGGCUAAGCUUGGUUUCUUUUCAAUCUGUUACAAGAGGGAAAAAUUAGAUUUGCUCAAUUAGGUAUUUAUUCAAUAGGCAUUUUAAUUCCACAGAAACAUUUGUCUGUUGGAAGCAUAGCAGGAAGAGAUGAGAUUCAAAUUUAAAUUCCCUCUUCAUUUGAUCAAAAGUAUUUUAAAAUCUUGUAGCGUUGCCAAUUCUAAAAGGCUUUUUUUUACAGGGCACAUUUUACCACAUUAACACACCUUUGUUUAAAUGCCAGUACUUUUUAGCAUCUGAUAAUUCUACCAUUCUAAUUUCUCACUUUUUGUAGCAGAAAUGUAUUCUUAAAGAAUCAAAUUCAAGUAAAUGUGUCAAUUUUUAUCUAAGCUACCAUUAUCUGUUGUCAGCUUAUAUAAGAUGUCAUUUUCUCUGCUGUCCUCACCUGUUCAUGAAUUUCAGGGAAUCGUGAAUUUCCAGGUGAAGAAAGAAAACAAAUUCCAUAUUAGGGUUUGUAAGUGGCAUAAGUUAGGUCUUCAUUUUGAUUUAAUAAUAGUAGCUGGGAUCCGGGAGUGUUUGAUGGAACGCCUCUUGGAAUUUCUGACAUACUAUAUGAAAUGCUUUAUUUUUCCUAUGCAUAAAAGAAUUAUUCCUGGAAUAGGUGCUCAGAAUGCUUUAUUUUGUUUCUAAGUGAUAAGAGCUAAAACAGAAGCUCCAUAUUAGCAUAAAACAGUUGAGGUAAUCAGGAACAUGCUGUUAGUCAAAUAGCAGGAGCUGGAGUAUUUGCUGCCACUUUUAAUGCAUGCAUGAGGGGGAAGAGAUUUGAAAACUGGAAAUGUGAUUUCAAUAACUGCACAAACUAAUUUUGUGCAUUAAAAAAAAAUGGGAAUUCCUGGUAGCUUAAAGCUUCAGGGGUUAGCUGCAGUGUAUGAACACCUAGUGUGUUAGAAUCACAGUGCAUAGUUGUUUAAAAACAAUAUUCCUGUAAGUGACAACCAAAAUAUGUUGUGGCUGGUGCCAAUAUUUUUGUUAAUGAAAUGUUCAGUGUCUCACUACAGUCUGAUCAGAAUUAUUGGUGUUAUAAGCCAGAGCUAAAGCUAUUUUAUCGCUCCUGGCCUAAUUGUGUAACUUUUUCUUUCAAAAUGUUUUAUUAUAAUAUUUCUGUCAU